CGGCGGCGGGGAGCGAGGACUUGUCCAAGGUGCCCGAUGAGGAGCUGCUGAAGUGGAGCAAGGAGGAGCUGGUGCGCAGCCUGCGCCGCGCCGAGGCGGAGAAGAUGAGCGCGAUGCUGGACCACAGCAACCUCAUCCGCGAGGUCAACCGCCGCCUCCAGCUGCACCUCGGGGAGAUCCGCGGCCUCAAGGAUAUCAAUCAGAAGCUGCAAGAAGAUAACCAGGAACUGAGAGACCUUUGUUGUUUCUUGGAUGACGAUAGACAGAAAGGCAAGAAGGUAUCCCGAGAGUGGCAAAGACUGGGCAGGUACAGUGCUGGGGUUAUGCACAAAGAGGUUGCCUUAUAUUUACAGAAGCUGAAAGAACUGGAAAUGAGACAAGAAGAAGUAGUUAAAGAGAACCUGGAAUUAAAAGAACUCUGUGUUUUGUUGGAUGAAGAGAAAAGUGGCGGAGCUGGCAGCAGGAGUUCUAUAGACAGCCAAAUCAGCCUCUGCCAGUUAAAUGCGGCAAGUCCUUAUAUUCGAGAUGUUGGUGAUGGGAGCAGCACUUCUAGCACCGGAAGUACAGACAGUCCAGACCAUCAUAAACAUCACCCAAGUACCAGUCCUGAGCAUCUCCAAAAAAGUAGGAGUGAGGGAAGCCCUGAGCAUCAAAAACAUAGGAGUGUUAGCCCAGAGCACCUUCAAAAACCCAGGAGCUCUGGAAGUCCUGAUCAUCAGAAACACCUAAAAGGACCAAGUCCAGAACAUCACAAAGCCAUUGGUAAAAGUAGUCCUGAGCAUCAAAAGCAUGCCAGUAGUAGUCCAGAAACUCUCCCUAAGCACAUUUUAAGUAGUAGCCCUGAACACUUUCAGAAACAUAGACCUGGUAGUAGCCCAGAGCAUCAAAAGCACAGCAGUGGCAGCCCAGAGCACCUUCAGAAACAUGCACUGAGUGGAAGCACAGAGCAUCUCCACAAAGUGAGGGGUACUAGCCCUGAGCAUCUCAAACAGCAUUAUGGAGGAAGUCCGGAACAUCUGAAGCAUCUUGGAGGAAGCAGCAGAGAAGGUACCCUGAGGAGACAAGUAGCAGAUGACAUGUCACCUCAUCACAGAAGUGUGUACAAUGGGAUGAAUGAAUCUACCUUGUCCUAUGUUAGGCAGCUGGAGGCAAGAGUAAGACAGCUGGAGGAGGAAAAUCGCAUGCUACCCCAGGGUUCCCUUAGGAUGCCAUCAGGGGCGGAUGGGAGUUACUGCUCUCCAAACCAUCCAGCUAGCUUCAGUGGACAUGUCUCACCUUCUCAGCAGCCUGAAUCAGUGGUAAAUGCUAUUAAGGUCUUGGAAGCUCAGGAAAAUAUAGAUAGUCAGCAUGUUAAAGAAUAUGACCAUGACCUUAGUAAAACAGAAAAAGUUAUAGUCAGAGAAAUAUGCAAUGUUGUGUGGAGGAAACUUGGAGAUGCUGCAGGCUCGUGCCCUGGAAUUAGACAACAUUUGUCGGGGAAUCAGUAUAAAGGGCCAAUGUAAGAGGACAUGAGCGUUGGACCUCUCUCUGGAGAUACAAAGUUUAAAAUGCCAGUGACAGAUAAAGAAUUUAUUCUCUCUACAGUAACUUCUCAGCUGACAACAGGAUGUCUACAUGCACUACAUGUCAUUGCUUCUGAAACUAGGACAGACUCUUCAUAGAAGUCUUUCAGACAAGAGUUGUGUGCCCCAGUGUCCCAUGUAUUCUGUCAUUGCAGUCUAUUGAAUAGCUAAAUGCUGCCUCUUGUAAUCAUGGCGCUGUCAUUUAUGCAUACACUUUAAGAAACAUUCAGAUAUUAUAAUUCCUACUUAAAACAUAAUUGGGGACUCUGCAGGAGAUGCACAGAAAAAAUGAUUUUUUUAGAUACUUAGGGUGAACCUCCAAUGAGUUUGAAUGACUUUUUCCAUUAGAUUUACAGGAGUUUUCACCAGGCUGGAGAGAGACUGAUAAACUGUGCCUUCAGUCUCCACAGUUUUGAGAACAUUGGUUAUUUAGUAUUUUGCACUUCAGUCUAUAAGCUAUUAGUUAAUGGUGCGUAGGCAAUGUUUAGCUGAGCAUUUUUUCCUAGAAUAUUUGUAUUUUGAGGUGCUAAAAGACCAGCCAGUAGUGUAGCAAAAACUACAGUACUUGUAGUAAAACACAAUUUCUUUCUAAAUGAAAGUGAAGAUAGACUUCUUUUUCAUUCACUUUGGUGCAUCUUUUCUGAAGACGUAUAUGAUGAGCACCAUUUUAAAUGAAUGGAACACUUGGCAAUCCAUAUGAAAGAUCUCAAACCAAAACUACCAUCUGAGGGGUUUUUUUGAAAGUAUUUUCCAGGUGUCAGAUUGCUAAUUUCUUCCAUUUAGGUUAGAGACAUGCUGGUUUAUUUAACAAGAACCCAUAUGAAUCUAAAAGAUUGCACUGCAUUUAUUCAAAGCUUUCUUUGCCCACCAUAGUAUUCCUUUAGAGAAAAGCUUUAUUAUACUCAAAGCAUGUCUUUCAUUUUUCUGAGACUAAAAGCUCUUGUUUGGAUUGCUAGAAUUUUGACCAGGAGGUGCCCUAGAUGUGCUAAAUUUAUUUUUUUUUUCUACAUGUAUAAUAUUAGAUUGUGUGCAUUGAAAUGCUAUGAUAGGUAUUUUGUGUAUAUCUAAAUGCAAUGAUAGUUUCUUAUAUGAAUGUGCAACAGGCUUGUGACUGAAUGCUGUUGCUUAACUUUUUACCAUAGCUGAGCAUCAAAAAAUAGGAAUGCAACAAUUCCCAGGUUUUGGGUUUGUUCCUGAUUACUAAUAUUUGAGCCAAAGCUGGUAGUCUCUGUUUCCUGUGGGCUUGUUACAUGUUGUAUUACUGGUCCGUUGGUAGUGGAAUGUUUCUGGGAUGCUGUACAACCUUUUUUCCUAUGGGCAUAUGUUGUAAAAUUAGCUUAAUGUCUUCAGAAAGUUGUUAUGGAUUAAUUUGCAACUGUAAUUCCAUCUAUCCUGUUGUUCUUAUUUGGUGCCAUUUAACAUAACUAUAAGGCCUCUGAUCUCAGGCAUAACUCCUGUUGACUCCUUUUCCUUGAGUUAAGACUGCAGAAUCUGGCCUUUAAUUUUGCUUCUUAAAAUGCUUCUUACAUACAUAUACACAUCUAUAUAUUUAUAUAUAUAUAUAUAUAUAAACCUAAGCAAUGGCUUGUUAUAUUUCCAUAUUACUUUUUCUCAUAUAAGCAAUUCUCAUAGUUACACUUAAAUUGUUGUAUUCCUAUAUAUGAAGAAAUGUAAACCAAGUAUGUGUGCCUGCAGUACCUAGCUGCAGGGGCUUAUUUGAAGGACUCUGGUCUUUUGACAUGACAAUUGUGUAAAUUUUGAUACUGUAUUAAAACUAUUUUUUUACAGUUCUGCAUAAUAAUUGGGUAUCAAGUAUCUGUGUUCAUCUUAGCAAUGGUAAUAAAUAA